UUACCUCCCCUUGCGGACUCACUCUUUUCUUCCAGAGCGCGUUCAACUCCAGGGGAUACAGUAGGGCGGACCUGGGAAGUCCAUUUUCAAAUGGUUAGGAGUGGCCUUCUUUGGGAACCACUGCCUGAGGCUGAGCCAAGCUCCGCGAGGUCUCUGGUGCGCGUUUGUGAGGGGGACGCAAUCUUUUCGGCGGGACAGCAGCUGAGCUCUGAUAAAAAUCCGGUUGACUGUCAGCCAUCUUGCCCGCCUCUGGGCGUCGCUGACUACACUUCCCAGAGGACUCCUCGGCAAAACGUGAUUCUCGUGUGAAUUCAACCUCGAGAAUCACGCUCUGGGGGGACCCUCAGGUCCGUACCAGCAAGUGUUUCAGUGCAGUGGAGGGCUCUGCUCCUUUGAAAGCUUGGAAGAACCGAGGUGGGGAACCCUAAGAGAGGGUGGGCUUGAAGCAUCGGCUUUGUACCGCUGAGGAGCUCUGCCUUUAUACAAAAGAGGAGCCCAGAGGAGGACAGGUCCUUUUCUACAGAUAUUAAAGCCAUGGCUCAGGAGUCAGUGAUGUUCAGUGAUGUGUCCAUAGACUUCUCUCAGGAGGAGUGGGAAUGCCUGAAUGAUGAUCAGAGAGCUUUAUACAGAGAUGUGAUGCUGGAGAAUUACAGCAACCUGGUUUCGAUGGCAGGACAUUCUAUUUCUAAACCAGAUGUGAUCUCCUUCUUGGAGCAGGGGAAGGAGCCCUGGCUGGUUGACAGAGAACUAACAAGAGGCCAGUGGCCAGUCCUGGAAUCAAGAUGUGAGACCAAGAAAUUAUUUCCGAAGAAGGAAAUGUAUGAAAUAGAGUCAGCCCAGUGGGAGAUAAUGGAAAGACUUUCAAGACAUGACCUUCCGUGCUCUAGUUUCAGAGAUGAUUGGGAAUGUAAUGGCCAGUUUGAGAAACAGCAUGGCCCUCAGGAGGGACAUUUCAGUCAACUGAUAUUCACCCAUGAAGGCAGGCCCACCUUUAGUCAACAUCCGUCCUUUACAUUACAGCAAAUCAUUAAUAGUAAAGAGAAAUACUGUGCAAGCAAGGAAUAUAGGAAAACCUUUAGACAUGACUCACAGCUUCCCACACAUCAAAUAAUUCAUACCACUGAGAAACCCUAUGAAUGUAAGGAAUGUGGGAAGGCCUUUAGACAUCCCUCAAGACUCAGUCAUCAUCAGAAAAUUCAUACUGGCAAGAAACCCUUUGAAUGUAAGGAAUGUGGAAAGACCUUUAUUUGUGGCUCAGACCUUACUCGACAUCACAGAAUUCACACUGGCGAGAAGCCCUAUGAAUGUAAGGAAUGUGGAAAGGCCUUUAGUAGUGGCUCCAACUUCACUCGACAUCAGAGAAUUCACACUGGUGAGAAGCCCUAUGAAUGCAAAGAAUGUGGGAAGGCCUUUAGUAGUGGCUCCAACUUUACUCAGCACCAGAGAAUUCAUACAGGGGAGAAACCCUAUGAAUGUAAGGAAUGUGGCAAUGCCUUUAGUCAGAGCUCACAACUUAUUAAACAUCUGAGAAUCCACACAGGGGAGAAACCCUAUGAAUGUAAGGAAUGUGAAAAGGCUUUUCGUUCUGGUUCAGACCUCACUCGGCAUCAGAGAAUUCACACUGGCGAGAAGCCCUAUGAAUGUAAGAUAUGUGGGAAAGCCUAUUCUCAGAGUUCACAACUUAUUAGUCAUCAUAGAAGUCAUACUGGUGAGAAACCCUAUGAAUACAGGGAAUGUGGGAAGACCUUCAAUUUUGACUCACAGCUUAUUCAACAUCAAAAUUUGUACUGGCCCUGCCGCGACUUCUUCAGGACAAAGAGCCAAGGACCCCGCCCCUAUUGCGAUCCAACUGGAUCUCCAGGUCACUCCACGCAGGUCACGCUACGAGGAGUCCUCACUGGUGCCCCGCCUCCUGGGGCGUGGCCGCGCCCGCGCACUCAGUACGUGCCGCCCGAACUCCCAACAGCCUCCGCGCGCGGCCCGUUAGGCUCCUGGGCUGUGGACUUACCUGAGUUGCCGCGCCCUCCCUCCCACUGGGCAUCACUGAGAGACGGGUUCCGCGCCCCAGAAACCAUGGCCCAUGGAUCAGUGAUGUUCAGUGAUGUAUCCAUUGACUUCUCUCAGGAGGAGUGGGAAUACCUGAACUUGGAACAGAGGGAUUUAUACAGAAAUGUAAUGUUGGAGAACUACAGCAACUUAGUCUCAUUGGGAUGCUUCAUUUCUAAACCAGAUGUGAUUUCCUUAUUGGAACAAGGAAAAGAGCCCUGGAAAGUAGUGAGGAAAGGAAGAAGACCUUAUUUGGGUUUGGAGACCAAGAAGUUAUCUUCAGAAAAUGACAUUUAUGAAAUAAACUUAUCUCAGUGGAAGAUAAUGGAAAGAAUUAAAAACCAUGGCCUUAAGAGCCUCAUUUUAAAAAAUGAUUGGGCAUCCAAGAGAAAAUUUGAAGGGCAAGAAGAGUAUUUCAGUCGAGUGAAAAUUACAUCUCAAAAAGUAUCCUCUUACCAAAAACGCUCUUCUCUUACUUCACAUCAGAGAAUUCAUUUUGUCGAGAAACCCUAUGAGUGCAAAGAAUGUGGGAAGGCCUUUCGAGUACGCCAACAACUUACUUUUCAUCACAGAAUUCAUACUGGUGAAAAACCCUAUGAAUGCAAGGAAUGUGGGAUGGCUUUUAGACAGACUGCACAUCUUACUCGACAUCAGAGACUUCAUUCUGGUGAAAAAAUGUAUGAAUGUAAGGAGUGUGGAGAAUCUUUCAUAUGUGGCCCAGACCUUAGAGUACAUCAGAAAAUUCAUAUUGGUGAGAAACCCUAUGAAUGUAAAGAAUGUGGGAAGGCCUUCAGAGUUCGUGGACAGCUUACUCUCCAUCAGAGAAUUCAUACCGGCGAGAAACCCUAUGUAUGUACAGAAUGUGGGAAGGCCUUUAGACAGUACGCACACCUUACUCGGCAUCAGAAGGUUAAUAUUGCUGACAAACUCUAUGAGUGUAAAGAAUGUGGGAAGGCCUUUCUGUGUGGCUCUGGUCUUAGAGUACAUCACAAGCUUCACACUGGUGAGAAGCCGUAUGAAUGUAAAGAAUGUGGGAAGGCCUUCAGAGUACGACAGCAACUGACACUCCACCAGAGAAUUCAUACUGGUGAGAAACCCUAUGAAUGUAAGGAAUGUGGAAAGACGUUUAGUCGUGGUUAUCAUCUUAUUCUUCAUCACAGAAUUCAUACUGGUGAGAAACCUUAUGAAUGUAAGGAAUGCUGGAAGGCCUUUAGUCGCUACUCACAGCUUAUUUCACAUCAGAGCAUUCAUAUUGGUGUUAAACCCUAUGACUGUAAGGAAUGUGGGAAGGCCUUCAGACUACUCUCACAACUUACGCAACAUCAGAGUAUUCAUAUUGGUGAGAAACCCUAUAAAUGUAAGGAAUGUGGGAAGGCCUUUAGAUUGCGCCAAAAACUUACUCUACAUCAGAGCAUUCAUACUGGUGAAAAACCCUUUGAAUGUAAAGAAUGUAGGAAGGCCUUUAGACUUAAUUCAUCUCUUAUCCAACAUCUGAGAAUUCAUUCUGGUGAGAAACCCUAUGAAUGUAAGGAAUGUAAGAAGGCCUUUAGGCAACAUUCACACCUUACCCAUCAUCUGAAAAUUCAUAAUGUAAAAAUAUAAGAAAGCCUUUUCAAUCCUGUGUUGUAGUACAGUCUAUGAGUGUAGUAAUUGGUCGUUUUUGCUUCCUCCAUGCAGCUGACUUGGCAUAAGGGGAUUUAUGUCAUUAAAAUAAUGUGUUAAUGUAUUCAUACCUGAGAAUCUUCACAUUCAUCGUAGAAGCUAAUCCUCUUGAUGCUGGAUGCAUUUAUUAAAGGUUCAGGUUCUUGUUCUACACGUACAGAAGAAUUUGGACAGGAUACACAUAGGAAUCACACACAGAAACUGAUACAUAAGAAAAAACAAGCAAUUUAUUAAGGGGCAGAAGCGAAGGUAAGCACUUGGAAAAGAGGUGUCCUCGCCAGUGAGAGGUGCCCAGCAGGACUCUCUGAUUUCCCUUUCUAUUUCAUGUUAGUCUUUGAAUGGGUAUGAGCUUCUUCCAUUAGCAGUGGAACAUUCGUUGAUGAGAAAGUUGAGGCGGGUGAUGAUCUCAUCUAUUUGCAGCUUCCGUUCUUGGUGUACUCUUCUCCUGAAGCCACUGCACACAUGCCCUGAGAGCUGUUUUCCCUUCCCAGUCUGAGUACCAUACCUGGAAGGUCGUAUAGCUGUCAUAUGCAGCCUGGGUAUUUUCAUUGCCUAUGCUUGGCCAUGUCUGGCAGAUUGCAUGAUCAAGGUUCCCUAUUCAGUUUUCGGAAAACUUAAAUGAAAAUAUAAUUUAUGUUCCUGUUGGUGAUGCCAUUCUUCCAUGUUUCAUGACUUCAUUAAAUGCAGAAUGAGGUUUUUGUCUUUUAGCUUAAUGCUUAUACAUGAGGAUGUCCUUGGACCCAGCCCUAUCUUCCCUGCCUUUUAAUAUAACGAAUGUAGGAAAGGUACUUAACUUCAUCUCUAUCCCAUCACUUUCCUACUUGUGUUAUAUUGAACAAGAUGCUUAACUGCUGAUGCUAUAAUUUCUUCAUUUAUAAAGUGAUAGUACUGCAGCAGAAUAAAGAUUGCUGUAAAUUCUUUAACACUCCUCUCACAAAGAGAUGGAAUCCAUAUCCUUUCUCCUUGAAUCUGGGCAGACUGUGACUGCUUUGAUCAUAGAGUAGCAGAAGUACUGACAUACUAGUUUUUGGACCCAGAAUUUAGUGAUAGAUUUUAUCUCAUCUCUUGGAAUACUCUCAAGUUCAGACCCUGAUGUUAAAAAGUCAGGCUACUCUGCUGAAGAGACCACAUGGAAAGGCCCUGAGACUACAUAGAGAAGGAGAGGCUCUCGGCUAUGCCCAGUCAUCCAGAUACACCCACCAAGACAUUUGAGUGAAAUAGUUUUGGAUCCUCUAGACCAGCCAUCAGCUGAAUGCCAUCAGGUAACCUCAGUUGACGCCACAUAGAAGAGAAAAAUCAACCAAGUGAGCCCCUGCCCAAUUCUGGCCCACAUAAUCAUGAGAUAUAGUAAAAUGGUUGUUGUUUUAAGCUACUAAAUUUUAUUAGUAUCAUAUUACUUUUGAAGAUACUUAUGAAAGACU